UUUUUCAGUUGCUUUUCAUCCGCGUAUUGCGUUAAAUGGAUUAAGAAAUAUAUAGAGGAAGUUGCUUUUUUAUUUUUAUUUUUAAACGAUGAAUAAUGUGUGAUAUAUGUAGAAAAUAAAAACAAACGAAUUGGAGGCAAUAUAAGAAAUUAAUUACAUAAAACCAAAUAUCAAAAUAAGAUUCGUUUUCAAAUAUAUAUUGGGCCAAAAAAUUCUAACUAUUUUUUUGGCAAAAACAUAAAUUGAAUUUGAAUAAUUAUUAAAUUCAUAUUGCUAGACAUUAAUUUAUGUGCUAGCGUCUAUUGGCUAAGUAAAUGUAGAACACUGCUGCAGGAAAGUAGCAAAACGGGUUCAUCAUUUGAAAUGGAUAUACUUGAUAUCGACGAAGUUCUCAAAGACGACUCCUUUAUAUUUCUUGAUGAUAAAUCUCAUGAUGAUGUUUCCAAUAUACUUCGACAGUGGAAAAAUAACAAUUGCAUACCAACGCAAUUGCAACAACAGCAACAGAACCAGGAACAAGUGUAUAAGCUGAACUCAAGAACAUUCACACGACCCAAGCGGAAAUCGGCACAAAAUCUCGAAUCACAAUUUUCAAACUCUCCUCUCACCAAUGGCUUGCAUAUGAAUCAGCACCAGUCCCAGCAUGGGUCACCCAUGUUGAAUUUGGAAAUUGGCGGAUUGGUAACGACAAUGCAUAAGUCGUUUUUGCAAGAUACCUCGCCUCCAUCAUCAAUUUGUUCCUCAAUGGAUGUAUCGGUAGAUCGUAUGAAUAAUUCACUAAUCACAUCGGCUGACUUUUCCAAUUUAAGUUUCCUACAAUCCACUCAAAGUUUAGAUUUAGAAGAUGUAAAUCGUUUCGCUUUUAAUUUCUCAAACAAAGCAACAAGUGACGGUUAUACCCUAAGUGAUAUGAUAAGGGAUCGCAAAGCGCUUGAAUCACUCACAAUGUCCAGCGAUGGCACUUUAAUAAAAGACUCACACAUUGCUCAAAUCGAUGACAUAUCGCUAACGUUCAGUAAAACUGCGUCUGGCAGCAGCACCAUGGACAAUUCAACUGAAAGUAUGGAUUGCAAUAAUCGAACAGUGCAAAUUUUCAACAAGGAUGACACAUUUAAUGGUGGAAAAGCGAAUUCAGAUAAUAAUAGCAAUGAAAAUAUAAUACAUCGGACUAUGUUACUGAACAAUGACCUUAUCAGUGAUACUACAUUUAAUUUAAUAGAGAACAGUUUGCAUGGUGAACAAAUAGCUGGACAAAACAGUGAUCCCAACGUUACUCACAAUUUAAACAAUGUAAAGCAGCAAAUAAAUGAAACAUUCAAAAAACCAACGACUUUGAAUGAAACAGUGUGUGUCAUCGGAAAUUCUAACACAACAUUUGAGUGUCAGCAAUCUAACUCCGACCCACUCUGUGAAACACCGGAAAGUGUCAGAAAGAGUGUAGGUACUAUGAAAAUUUACGAAUCUACUCCCCGCACUACUAACAUUCGUUACAAUCGGCACCAAUACACUCCAACUCUCCAAGAAAUGACAGAAGAUGUAAAUAUAUCACCGAUUAUUGCAACUCUUGAUCAACGUACCGCAAUCCGCGCUAUGAACGAAACUUUCGAAAGAGAACCUUUAGUCAGUAAAAUCAACUCAAAUACGUUUAAUGAUGUAUUGCCAAAACUAGAUAGUAUGGAGAUGAUAGAAAAUAUACAAAAUCCGAAUAUAACAUUUCAAAAAAGUUUUGAAACAGAUUUUAAAAGUGCGGCUGGGAAAGAAAUGAAAAACGUAAUGGAUUUGGCAAAGGCUGAGGCUGAAUUGUUAGCUGGAAAUGAUGAAGAAUUCGAACAUAAACUUGACGAAUUUAGCAAAAUAGAAAUGAAUAUGCAACAACUUAAAAUGAAGAAGUCGUUGGAAAGUAUUAAGAAACGUUUUAGCUGUGUAACUGCACCAGAUAAUAAAUGUGAAAAAGAAAUUAUUUAUGAAGAUAUGGAUAAAUCAGUACCCCCUGGAUAUGUUAUAAAUACGAAUAAAACAUUCGAAACGGAUAUUGAAAGUCCGGAAAAAUACAGAGAAUAUAAGGACACAACACAUGUAAUCAAUGAGUCAAACUCUCCAACUAAUAGUACAAAAUAUAUAAGGAACUCAAUGUUUGUGUCAAAGGAAUUACGUGACUCAUCUGGAAGUGGACUGACAUCUUCAACGGCAAGUGCCUCAAGUAACGCGGGUGAACGCUUGUUAAGUCGUCGAAGCCGACUUUAUGAUGAUUUCAACUUCUCUGUAUUAAACAGUUCGAAAACGCAAAGCACGUCUUUUGCAGUCCACAAGCCGGAGCCGGACAUUGACGCGGAGAAUCAUAAUGUAAUAGAGACUGAAUCAAGAACGAAUAUGGAAAAGAUGAUACAUGAAAAGACUGAGGAGAAUUUAAUUGCUGAACCCGAAAAAUACCAUAAUGCUCAAGACUUGAAUACUGCUACAUAUAAGUUAAGCGAAAAACGGAGCCGUGAUCGAGAUCGUUUUAAAACAAUAAAAAUUGUGAAAUCGCAUAAUGUAAAUAGUGAAAAUUAUGCUCCUGAAACUGAAUUGAAUGUGCCUUGUAUCGACGAUGAUAUCGAAACAAAAGAAGAUUUGGAAAUGGAAUUAACAGCAGAAACCCAAGAAAUCUCACAGAGAUUUUCCCGACGUGACAAUACCCAUUCUAAUAAUAACAACAAAAUAGAAACUGAAGAAGCAUCCAAAACUAAUUCGUCAAAAAUUAAUCCCAAAUUCCUAACAUAUAAAAAACCAAAAGAAAAAUCUACAACAACUACUGAACUGCCGGAAGUAUGCCCUACAAAUGAAGAUCAAAGUGCUUCUGCUGAUGUUCUUAAACCUGCGAAGUCACGUUUGGAACCAAGAUCACUGUCACGUCCACGUUAUAUUAGCGGUUUACAAAAGUUUAGUGUGGUUAGUAAAGCUACUUCUGCUGGCAAUUUGGAUAAUACAACCGGUGCUUCAGCAACAACUGCUCCACAGAAAUCUUUAGCUUAUAAUUCUAGAAAAAGUGCUUUAAUAAUCGGUGUUGGAGUGAAUCAACAAGUCAAAACUUCUUCUAACAUCAAAAGUCCUAUGGGCAUUAAAUCGAAAUCAUUUCAUAACUUAUCUAACAAUUUCGGAUAUACAAAUGCGGAAAAUGGAGCACAAACUUCAAAAACGACUUUUGGAUUGAAGAAAAAUGUCUUGACCGAAAAUCAAGUAAAAUCGAAUGGUAGGAAUUCAACAGCUUCUGCAAAUAAACUAACAGCUCAAGCUGCGUCUCUAAAAUCACAGAAAAAUGAUGAAUCAGUAUUCAAAGUUCCAAAACUCGUAUCCGGAAUACGAGUUCCAGGUGCUGCUGGAGCAAAACGUUCUACUAUGGUGCGACCUUCGUCUGGUUAUUAUAGUCUAAAUGUUACUACAAAACCCUUGGCACAACCAACAGACCUAGAUAUUGAUACGGGGAGACAUUCGCCUACAGAUAGUAUGUCUUCCGCUUCAUCACGGUGUAGUGCACAAAGCAGUGAACCAAAUACCAAACCAAUUAAUGGAGAUCUACAGAACGAAGACGUAAAAUUGCCUCCAAUACUCACAAAAAUAACGACAGACGCAACCGGCAUCCCAAAACCGUCACGUCUGAGACCACCAACGAGCAUUAAACGUAGUGGGCUUCCAAGACCCUCAAGUAUUGUUAAGCGGUAAAAUAUAUGUGUACAUAGAGAUAUAUACAUAUAUAAUGAUUUUGUGUUGUUCUUUAUUUAAUAUUAAUAUAUGCUCGAUUUUUUUUAUGCUCUCUUCUGAAAAUAAUAUAAAAAUUAUAUUAAAUAAAUAUUAUUCUGUUGCUUCAAUACAUAAAGUUGACGAGCUACUAUACCAGUUACAAUUUAUUUUCUAAUAUUGAAAUUUAACUAUUUGUUUAAAAUCGCUUCAAAGUAUAUAGCAAAAACGAAUUUAAAAUAAAAUAAGAUUAAUGCGAAUAUUUUUAUGGUCGUGCAUUUAAAAUUAACAUAAAAUAUGCCUUAUUUCCGUAGUAGAAAUUUAUCUGUACUAUUAGAACAAACUAUAACACUAUUAAAGUAUAUUACUAAUUUAUUGUUAACAACUUAUAUUUUUUUCGAAAUAAAUACAAAAAUAUCUAUAAAAAGUGAAAUGGUUACUAUAUACAAAUACAAUAAAUGAUGCUCAGUUAAAAAUGGUGAAAACAUAGAAAUAUAUAUAUAUCAGAGAAAAUAUAUAUACACAUAUAUAAAUCUUAUAUUCUCUAAUGCAUAAAAUGUUUUCUAUUUUAUUUGUAAAGCAACCGUCUAUCAAGUAUUUACAUUGUGAAAUGAACUCCUAAGCAAUUUCGUUGUAUUAUUAUUCUUUUAGUAACUUAUACUUUUGUUUAUUGUAAAAUAAUUCCUGUUGAGCAGUUAAGUGCCAAUUUUAUUUUCUAAAUUCUAUUUAUAAAUAAGUAAAAGAAAAAUAACUUUGAGAUUAGUUAACAACCAAGAUACUAUUUGUAUAAAAUUCGUUUCAAUGCAAAAAUAUAUCAGUGACCGCAUAACCCUAGAGUUACGUCAAUACGAUAAAGCCAUCAUGUGUGAAAUCGCAUCUGAAAUGAAUAUGUUUCUAAUCUCAAAAAAAAAAAAAAAAAUAUUAAAUAUAAUGCACACAACAUUUAAUUCGAAUGCUUCACAGCCUUGCAAUCUAUUUUGAACACAUCAUAGGCAUAUCUCAAAUUUAGUUUGUAAUCUUUAUAUUUUACAUAUUUUUAUAUAUAUAGUUCGAUAAGUAUUAAAUUUAUAUAAACGUCAAUGAAAGAAUUAUCAUGCUUUGCCUUAUUUGUAUCUACGAGAGUAUUCCAAUCUAAUUGAUAAUCAAGGAGCCGUCAAAGUAUGUCUACUUUGAAAGUUCCUUAACGUAAGGCGUUAAAAAUAUAUUUAGGUUUAUACGCAAAAUGCUUAUAUUUAGUUAAUCAUUACAUAUUCGCAGAAAAAUUGUAAAUCCGUUUUGUCAAUUAUGUUUUUUCCCCAAAAAUUGCUUGUUACAUUUCCUUGUUAAAUUUAUACAAUAAACUUAUAUUUUAUAUUAUUCUA